AUGCGGAAAGCCGCUGCAGGCACCAACAGAGCCAUGCCCGUACCUAAGAGAGCAGGAGGCAAAAAGAGUGCCGCUGUGCAAGAAAAGCUGCCUCCUUAUGAGCCAAACAUCCCUGAACCAACCACAAGGGCAGACUUCAUGAAAUAUUGGUUACCCCUCACUUUGGAUGACAAAACUGCACAGAAGUUCCUUUGGAUUUCAGAGGGUGGGUCCAAGGUGGCCCGUAUGUCAGAUGCGGUGUGUCCAUAUCCCAACAGACCUGAGAGAUAUGAACACACACCACAGGUUUUAUGCAAGGAGGGGUUGUUGGGGUCACGGGGUUACUGGGAGGUGGACUACGAUGGUUGGGUAGUUAUCGGGUUGGUCUGUGAGAGUUCAGGGCGGAAGGGGGAGGGUGGGCCUUGUGGCCUUGGGGAGAAUGACAGCUCCUGGGGAGCAGGCUGGGCUGGAUCUUGCUACCAGGUCUGGCACAAUGGGGAUAAUGUGGAGGUCCAGCUCCCCCUCUCGUCCACCAUAGGCUUGUACGUAGACCAGCCUGCCGGCAUUAUCAAGUUUCUCCUGGUGGAGGGAGAGGGCAACAAGGAGGUGCAUCUGAUUCACAAGUUCAAAUGCAACUUCAAAGAGAAGCUUCUGCCUGGGCUCUGGGUUGGCACAAACUCAUUCUGUCUUCUCCGGAAAAAAGACCAGUAA